GGCUCACUUCUUUACUAUAAAAUUUCUACAGGGCCAAAGCAGCACCUCCUCUGCUCUCCUGCUGCUUCUAUGCUAAGGCCUUCUAUUAUUUCACUGUCCCAGCUUUAAUAAAUGUUCUCUGAAAAUCACCUGGACUCCUAAGAUCUUUCCAGCAUGAAGUCAAGAACCCUCACCACACAGGCCAUGGGCGGCGAUGGCUCGGGCGGCUUCUUGUGACAGCUUCAGGAUGGAGGCUGUAGCUUUGGCUUGCUGCUGGCCGGAGUGGCCACUGUUCCUAGAGGCCACAUCAGUGCUUUGCUCUUUGAGCUUCUCCAACAUGCUUGCUUAGUUCAUCCAGCCCACAGGGGAGUCUCAGUCUGGUAAGGAGGUUUAUGACAUCCCAGCAAGUCAGAUCCGGCCCUGCUCCCGGUGCAGGCGCUGCAGGGCCGCCACCGCGCAGCAGGCGGCGCUGGGCUCGCCUCCUCCGCCGUCCGGAACGCUCGCGGGUGCCGCGUCCCCGCUGUAGGCCGCCUGUGCUCAGUGGCCGCGAUGGCGGACGUGUCCGAGAGGACGCUGCGGCUGUCCGUGCUGUUGGCCUUCGCCUCCGGGGUGCUCGUGGGCUGGCAGGCGAACCGGCUGCGGAGGCGCUACCUGGACUGGAGGAAGCGGAGGCUGCAGGGCCAGCUGGCGGCGGCGCAGAAGAAACUGGACCUGGCCUGAGCGCGCCCGCACACCCCACCCGCCACCGAGGCUCCUCGGCAGUGUCGCUUGUUGAAGAUGGAUAUAGAGCACUGGACAGAAAUUAUUUCUCCUUGCACUUAUGCACCGAUUUUAUUUUUAAAAUAAAAUUUCAAACAUCUUUGAACUUUU